GACGAUGCGCAGUCACGUGGCCGGAACCGGCAGCGCGGUUAUAAAGUAAAGGAGUCCGAGCUGCGCGUGAGGGCUGGUUCUGCCAUUCCUCCUUCCUCACCCUUCACGGCUCAGCUCGCGCCUGCUGCUCGCCGGCCUAGCGUUGCUCUCGCCAUGGCUCUCAGCGAUGCUGACGUGCAAAAGCAGAUUAAGCAUAUGAUGGCUUUCAUUGAACAAGAAGCCAAUGAGAAAGCAGAAGAAAUAGAUGCAAAGGCAGAGGAAGAGUUCAACAUAGAGAAAGGUCGGCUUGUGCAAACCCAAAGACUAAAGAUUAUGGAGUAUUAUGAGAAGAAAGAGAAACAGAUCGAGCAGCAGAAGAAAAUUAAGAUGUCCAAUUUGAUGAAUCAAGCAAGGCUGAAGGUCCUCAGAGCAAGAGAUGACCUUAUCACAGACCUACUAAAUGAAGCGAAACAGAGGCUCAGCAAGGUGGUAAAAGAUACAACCAGGUACCAAGUGCUGCUGGAUGGACUGGUUCUCCAGGGUUUGUACCAGUUGCUGGAGCCCCGAAUGAUUGUUCGAUGCAGGAAACAAGAUUUCCCUCUGGUAAAGGCUGCAGUGCAAAAGGCAAUCCCAAUGUACAAAAUUGCCACCAAAAACGAUGUUGAUGUCCAAAUUGACCAGGAGUCCUACCUGCCUGAGGACAUAGCUGGUGGAGUUGAGAUCUAUAAUGGGGAUCGUAAAAUAAAGGUUUCCAACACCCUGGAAAGCCGGCUGGACCUCAUAGCGCAGCAGAUGAUGCCAGAAGUCCGAGGAGCCUUGUUCGGUGCGAAUGCCAACAGGAAGUUUUUGGACUAAGCCUCCGGGAGGUGGAGCUCAUCCUCGGCUCUCCUGCUGUGACGUGGAAGCUUCUGAUAUUUGAAGAAACACGAUGUCUCUGUAGCUUCCCCUUUACCGCCCGUUGUUGCUCUGUAUUUAUCAGUGAUGCCCCUCUCUCUGUCUCUAAGGCCUUGCCUGAUUGUUCACAAUGGCGGAAAGCUUCAUGUAAUAUGAUCAAGACCCUCCUCCAGUUCAUCUGAAAGUAGCACAGCGUCCGGUUGGGUCAGCACACUAGGGGAGGGGCAGGUGGUGGUUGCAUGGGCUCCCUGGGUCUCCGUUCUCUGUCUGGCGUAGAGGUGACGUGUCUGGCGUUCUCGGCCCUGCAUUCCCCACUCUUGAGGCCUAAGGUGCAUGUGGCACACCACUUCGUCCUGUAGUUGCUUCACUGUUCCGUGUUUAGGUCUAGAAGUUUUCCCUCUUCUGUAAAUGUGAUUCAGAAUCUAAGCCAUGGAUGUGCUUUAUUUAUUAAAAGAGUUAUGUGGAAUUAAUGUGA